AUGAAUUUCAGUCAACCAGCACUGACUGAAGAUUCAUACUUCUGCUUUGAGUCUGUGAAUAAGUCUUGCCCGAAGAUCAUCUAUCCAAUGGCGAUACGGGUUCUACUGCAAAUUUUCUUUACGGUCAUCCUUGUUAUAACAUUGUGUGGAAAUAUUCUUGUCAUCGUAUCCAUUGCUCACUUCAAACAUCUGCACACCCCAACCAACUACCUCAUCCUCUCUCUGGCAGUGACUGACUUGCUUAUGGGAAGCGUUGUCAUGCCUCCUUACAUGGUGCGAGUGCUUGAAUCAUGCUGGUAUUUUGGAGAUGUGUUCUGUAAAAUACACAUGAGCGCAGAUAUCAUGCUGUACAGUGCAUCCAUGUUAAAUCUGUCUUUUAUUUCCAUUGAUCGAUAUUAUGCAGUUUGUCAGCCCCUCCACUACCGGACCAAGAUCACCACUAGUGCCACAGUGAUCAUGAUCUUAGUCUGCUGGAGUGUGUCUGCUUUUGCUGCAUUUGGGAUGGUAUUUCUUGAGCUGAACUUGUUGGGCACUAGAGAUUUUUAUUAUGAAAAUGUGGCUUGUGUAGGUGGCUGUGUUUUGUUUCAGGGUAAAACAGCAAGUUUAGUGUGUUUCAUUCUCUCUUUUUUCAUCCCAGGAUUCAUUAUGUUGGUCAUAUAUAAAAAAAUCUUCCAUGUUGCACUGAAGCAAGCCCGUUCUAUUCACAGCAUUGCCUGUAACAAUGUGCAAUCUGAAAACAACAAAAAUGAGCGAAAGGCUACAAAGACCCUUGUGAUUGUUAUGGGGGCAUUCCUGUCAUGCUCUACACCCUUUAUUAUGUCAAACCUAAUUAAUCCAUUUGUUAAUUAUUCCAUUCCACCUGUGUUGACUGAAACACUUUUCUGUAUGACUUAUUUAAAUUCAACAUGUAAUCCUAUUAUUUAUGCUUUCUACUAUAGUUGGUUUAGGAAAGCAUUCAAAAUGAUUAUUUUUGGUAAAAUAUUUCAAGCUCAUUCCUCAACAGCAAAAUUAUCCACAGACUAA